AUGUUUUCUGUAUUAAUAUUGUUUUUAAUCUUUAAUACAUUUAUUCCCGUAAUUGGCUGGAAUUUUAGAAAUACAGAAUCAGCUUCUGUCCGAGGAAUUGUAUUAUGUAAUGGAAGACCGCAAAGACGUAUUAUGGUUAAAAUGUAUGAAGAAGAUACAAUUCAUGAUGACCUAAUGGCUAAGACAAAAACAAACAGAAGAGGAGCUUUUCGGAUUGCAGGAUAUGAAACCGAAUAUUUUAGCCAUAUUUCGGUACAUGUUAAUAUAUACCAUAAAUGCUUUAGAGGAAGUUCAAGUUGUACAUACAAAUAUACUGUCAAGGUUCCAUCUAACUUUAUCUGCCAAGGAACAAAUCCUUAUACAACAUAUAGACUUGGAAAAAUAAAUAUGCAAAAAAAUGCUCCACCAGGUACAUGGGGAACAAAAGAUUGUUUCCAUUAA